AUUGCAGUGUAACUAAAGGUAUAGGGAUUGAUGAAAUGAAGAGUGAGGAGCGAGGAAGAGUGUCUCAAAAAAGAAAAAAGCUAAAGGUCAUCGGAUGCUGCUGCCUGCUGCUGCUUCUUCUGCCUUUGCUCUUCACUUCAUUACAAGAACUCGCUCGCUCGCUCUCUGUGUAUAUUCAUUGCGUCUCAGUUAGAAUAUCUUCUUCCUCUGUUACAACUUAGAAUAUCUCAUCAAUGGCUUCUUCUUCUUCUUCUUCUUUGGCUUCUCUCUUCUUUCACUCCGUUCUUCUUCUUCUUCUCUCCCUCACUACAUCUUCUUCCUCUGUCUCAUCACCUCCUCUCUUGUCUCUCAAAAGGCAAGCUUCAAUCUUGCUCUCUCUUAGACGAGGUUUUCAACCUCAGAAUUCUUCUCUUCAAUCCUGGCAUGUCUCCAACUUUCUGUCUCUCUGUUCCUGGGAUGGCAUCAAAUGUGACCGUAGCAACAACUCUGUGGUGUCCUUUGACAUAUCCGAUUACAACUUUUCUGGGUUUCUUUCCCCUGUCAUCGCCGAGCUCCGAGGUCUUGCUUAUGUCUCGGUUGCCGGAAACAGCUUUUCCGGCGAGUUUCCGUCGGAGAUUCUCCGGCUGCCCGGGCUGCAAUUCCUCAACAUAUCCAACAACAUGUUCACUGGGAACAUGAGCUGGGAGUUCUCCGACAUGAACGAGCUUGAGGUUCUUGAUGCUUAUGACAACGACUUCGACGGCGAGCUACCUCUCGGUGUCACCAAUCUUCCCAAGCUCAGGCACUUGAAUUUUGGCGGGAAUUACUUUUCCGGGAGAAUCCCAGAAGACUAUGGGAAAAUGGUGGGGCUGAAUUUUUUUUCUCUUGCUGGGAAUGAUCUAAGUGGGUUUAUCCCCAGGGAGCUUGGGAAUCUCACUAAUUUGACCCAUUUAUACUUGGGAUAUUUCAACAAGUUUGACGGUGGAAUCCCAAGUGAGCUUGGGAAUCUAAUCAAUCUGGUUCAUCUAGACCUUGCAAAUUGUAGCUUGAAUGGUACAAUUCCAUCAGAAUUAGGCAAGCUUUCAAAAUUAGACACGCUUUUCUUGCAAACCAAUCAGCUUACUGGUUCAAUCCCACCUCAGAUAGGCAAUUUGAGCAGCUUGAGAUCUCUUGAUCUUUCCAACAAUGAGCUGGUUGGAGAAAUCCCAUUUGAAUUCUCAAACCUUCAUGAGCUCAUACUCAUCAACUUGUUCAUCAACAAAUUGCAUGGUGAGAUUCCUCAGUUCAUCUCUGAGCUCCCAAAGCUUGAAACUUUAAAUCUAUGGAAGAACAACUUCACUGGUUCUAUCCCUCCGGGACUUGGCCAGAAUGGGAAGUUAGUUGAGCUUGAUCUUUCAUCAAAUAAGCUUACUGGGUUAGUCCCAAAAUCUCUCUGCCUUGGGAAGAAGCUCAAGAUCUUAAUCUUGCUCAAUAAUUUUCUCUUUGGUUCUCUGCCUGAUGACCUUGGAGAAUGCAACACACUUCAAAGAGUUCGCUUGGGUCAGAACUAUUUAACAGGAAAAAUACCUACCGGUUUUCUUUAUCUUCCCGAACUUCUACUACUAGAGCUGCAGAACAACUAUCUCACUGGUGUUCUUCCUCAAGAUUCAGCAAAUUCAACAUCAAAACUUGAGCAGUUGAAUCUAUCAAACAAUCGCCUCUCGGGGUCUCUCCCAGAAUCAAUUGGGAAUUUCCCAAAUUUGCAGAAUCUUCUCCUCAGUGAAAACAGAUUCUCUGGAGAAAUCCCACCAGAUAUAGGGAGGUUGAAGAAUCUGUUAAAGUUGGAUAUGAGCAGAAACAAUAUAUCAGGUAGGAUUCCUUCAGAGAUAGGAAACUGUACUUUGCUCACAUGCUUAGACUUAAGCCAGAACCAACUUUCAGGUCCUAUCCCUGUUCAAAUUUCCCAAAUUCACAUCUUAAACUAUCUUAAUGUCUCAAGGAACAACCUUAACCAGAGCCUCCCAAAAGAAAUAGGGACCAUGAAAGGGUUAACCUCAGCAGAUUUCUCUCACAAUAACUUCUCUGGUUCAAUUCCUGACGUUGGGCUGUUCACUGUCUUGAACUCAUCUUUCUUCCAGGGAAACCCAAAUCUAUGUGGGUAUGAUCUAAACCCAUGUAGGACUCAUUCAUCAAACUCAUUUUCAGAUUCUGGCGAGACUAACAAUACAAAAUCUGGAGUUCCUGGGAAGUACAAGCUUCUUUUUGUACUUGCACUGCUGGGAUGUUCUUUUAUUUUUGCAGCCUUAGCUAUUAUCAAAAGCAGAAAGAAGGCAAGGAGGAAUUCAAAUUCAUGGAAGCUCACAGCAUUUCAGAAGCUAGAAUAUGGCAGUCAAGACAUACUGGGGUGCAUAAAGGAGAGCAAUGUGAUAGGAAGAGGAGGAGCUGGGAUUGUGUACAGAGGCACCAUGCCAAAUGGUGAGGAGCUAGCAGUGAAAAAACUCUUAGGAUUCAACAAAGGAUCUUCUCAUCAUGACAAUGGUUUAUCUGCAGAAAUAAGAACAUUGGGCAGGAUAAGACACAGGUACAUUGUGAGAUUACUAGCUUUUGUUUCAAACAGAGAGACAAAUUUGCUUGUGUAUGAGUACAUGCCAAAUGGGAGUUUGGGUGAAGUGCUUCAUGGGAAGAGAGGUGAGUUUUUAAAGUGGGAAACAAGGCUUAAGAUAGCCAUUGAAGCAGCAAAAGGGCUUUGUUAUCUGCAUCAUGAUUGUUCACCAUUGAUAAUACAUAGAGAUGUGAAGUCUAAUAACAUAUUGUUGAAUUCUGAGUUUGAGGCUCAUGUGGCUGACUUUGGACUUGCCAAGUUCUUACAAGACACUGGGACAUCAGAAUGCAUGUCUUCCAUUGCUGGCUCUUAUGGCUAUAUUGCUCCAGAGUAUGCAUACACAUUAAAAGUUGAUGAGAAGAGUGAUGUUUAUAGUUUUGGAGUGGUACUACUAGAACUCCUGACAGGGAGGCGGCCGGUGGGCGAUUUUGGAGAAGAAGGACUAGACAUUGUUCAGUGGACAAAGAUACAAACCAACUGGAGCAAAGACAAGGCGGUGAGGGUCCUUGAUGAGAGGCUGCAUAGUAGUAUCCCUUUAGAGGAAGCAAAGCAAGUGUUCUUUGUGGCCAUGCUUUGUGUUCAAGAACACAGUGUGGAGAGACCCACCAUGAGAGAAGUGGUUGAAAUGCUUGUACAAGCAAAGCAGCCAAAUAAAAUUUAAAUGCAGUCCAAUGAUGUGUUACAGAAGGAGGAUGAGGAGGAGGAAGAAGAAGAAGACAGGAAGUUGAUGCAUACUUGUGCCUGGUGUUCAUUUUCCCUAACUGGUUUGAUUUUGGUAUACUACAGAAGGAGUUCGUACAAUACAUUUGUUGGGAUUAGUGGAACUGUUUCUUUACCCAUUAAUCUGCUACCAAUGUUCAGUUCUGAAGCUAUGAUUUAUACUUGAUGUUGUACUGAGAUUUUAAUUGGUCUUUCCCCCUUUCAACUUAACAGAAGUCAUGUUAAUAUAUUGAGGACUGAGGAGUGAGGUUAAAACAUUUUAAUUAAUUAUCGUUAUUCUUUUAAUUUACA